AUGGUAAAGAAACGUGUAGAGGCAAAAGAAAGAGAACGGCUUUGGGGGCGGAGGUGGCAGAGAAUACAACUCAGAAAGCUGUGGCCUAAGAAAUCAGCGAACCGAAAGGGGCUUUUCUACCAUUGCAAUUACUGCACCAGGUCCAUCAGCGAUGAGUUGAGCUCCAAUACGAGCACUCUCUCGCCAGACUCUGUCCUCCACAAACCGAAGCACUCCACAAUUCUUUCCAGAAAAGAAGCUAAGGAAAUCGGAAACCUGAAAUGGAUAUAUUCAAAAGAAGAACCACAGAAGAAAGUUGAAAGGAGGAGGAAAAGAAAGAAGAAGAGUGAGAGCAAGAGUUUGACAGACCUUCAGUUUGAAGAGCUAAAAGGGUUUAUGGAUCUUGGUUUUGUUUUCUCAGAGGAAGAUAAAGAUUCAAACUUGGUUUCAAUCAUUGUCAAGUUCAGAGCUGAUGAGAUGGCCAAGGCGAAUGAGUUCAUAAGGAAGCAAUGGCAAAGAGAUUGGGAAGCUGCUCGGCUUUCUCUCAUUGAGGUGGAAACAAAAUGUGGUGAUUGA